UCGUGUUGGGUCGGAUUACUGGGUGCAGUAAUAUAUAAGUCUAAAAUGGGAAUGCUGCCCCAUAGAACUUCUCCUGUAAGAAAAAACCCUAGAAACGCUGCUUUCCCGGCGGUGGAUGUAUGGCUUCUCAGGCAACUCAAACCACCGAAUCUGGUGUUUCUCCGCCCAAAAAUCGAGAUACUCAAGGUCUGAUUCCAUUUACAGUUAAGCAAAUUCGUGAAUUAUGUAGAGCAUAUGUCAAUGCCAAACUUGUUGGGAAGGUGAAAGGCAUUACUAUGGUUACUUUCAUAUUGGAGGAUGAAACUGAUCGAAUUGAUUGUCACAGAUGGGUUUGUGAUGACAAAGACCUAAAUGAGAUGGCGGUAAUUGAGUUCACUUCAAAAGUGUCACUGUCAUUUCUAUGUUAGCAGUGGAGAUUUCGCUUCUUUUGCAGAUUUUCCUCCGUGCCUUUUCAUUUAUGAUUCCAUUUAUUGCUUUGGGUUUGGUGUUUGAUACAGGAGAUUCCCAGUGCCAUUACUCAAUCCUUAAAGAAAUCAUCAAAACCUUUUUUCAGUGAGAAAUAUGUUUUACCCAAACUAAGACAUGACACUCCGAAAGAAGUUUUUAAUAGCAAUUGUUACAGAUUUCAGCUAUGGGUACACAUUUCAGGCAGUAAUUUACACUUUUUAAAAACAAUCCCUUUCAGGAAAUGGACUUUUAUGAAGUAGCAAUAGCAAUUUUCUGGUGGUGCUGGAUGCGAAUGAUUGCUCUUCUAACUCAAAAGAAACCAUUGCUGAGUACUAUUGAGAGUGACACCAAAACAAGAUAUUGCGGAGCUUGCAGUGAGAAGCCUAAAGUAGAAGGGCAAGUAAUAACUGGGCAAGAAAGUUUGAGAGAUAGACACUAGACAAAUGCCCAUGUGCUUGCUAACCAAAUUAUGAAACUAGAUUGUUGUCUAAUGCGGAAGACCUCGAUUAUGUACAGCUGAUUUCCUCCACCUCCAUCGAUGCUGAGCAGUAUAAUUUGGGUGCAUCAUGUAGCUGCAGUGAUAAUUGUGAAAAUUCUUGAGGAAUAAUGGAUGAGGCCGAUCCCUGCUCAAGAGUAUAAGGUGUAUUUGAAAUGUUCAACUGUAACCUUUUUAACAAACAUAUGGUGACACAUGCAACAAACAUUCAAGAUAUUACCAACUCCCAUAGACGAUUGUGUACAACUGAUUGCGACUCAAUGACCAAACAAGUUUUUUCACCUUGAUUAUAUUAUAAUCUUAGAGCUCAACUUGCAGGUGAUCAUUUGCUGGCCACUGUUAGCUUCGGUUGUUGCAUUUGAAGAUGCAAAGGCAGGCUGCCAGGCGAAAUGUGGUAAUAUUAAUAUACCUUACCCUUUUGGUAUAACUGCUAGAGGUGAGAAUGAUGAUAAAAGAGGAGGGUGCUCUAUUCAAGGAGUUGGAUAUGGCUAUGAUAUUAACUGUGAUACUUCUUACGAUCCACCCAAGGCCUUUAUGCGUAUCAAUGACCUUGAAAUUGUAGGUAUAUCAGAAACUGAGAUCCGCAUAAAGGACAACACAUCUGCAAUAUGCUACAAUCCAUCUGGUGUGGUGGUGUUGAAUGGAACAUCAGUCGCGUGGGACUUGUCCUUGACCCCAUUUACGUUCUCGAACACAAAGAACAGGUUUUUUGUGGUCGGGUGUAACUCGCUCGGGGUUAUUACAGGGUCCGAUCACAAUCUGGAAAUGUUCUCAAGCCAGUGCGUUUCAACAUGUGACAGAAGGGAAGAAGUGAAAGAAGGAAAUUGCAAUGGGAAUGGGUGUUGCCAGAACAUCAUCCGAAAGUGGAUGACAAGGUCAGUAAUAGGGAUUGCGAGAUUAGUUAACACCACAUACUUGUCUUUUAGUCCUUGCAGCUACGCUUUCUUGGCUGCAUAUGAACAAUUCACGUUCUAUGCGUCAGAUCUUCUAGAUGAAAGUAAAGUAAGAGAUGUACCUGUUGUUCUUGAUUGGGCAAUAGGGAACAAGACAUGUGAAGAAGCACAAAAAGAUUCAGCCACUUUUGCUUGCCAGGACAACAGUUACUGUAACAAUUCAGAGAACAAUCUUGGCUAUCGUUACACUUGCUUGGAGGGUCACGAGGGGAACCCUUAUCUUAGUCCCGGAUGCAAAAUGUGAAUGAAUGCGAGGAUCAGAACAGUAAUCCUUGUGUGGGGAUCUGCAUCAAUACCAAAGGGAGCUACAAUUGUACUUGUCCAACAGGCAGUUCUGGCGACGGGAGGAAAGACGGGGGAGGUUGCGUUAGCGACACUAUCAAGAGAGAAAAAUUUCCUAUACUCAGUGUUACCCUUGGUACUAGUUUCGCGCUCUUGUUUGUAAUUGUUGCAAGCUCUUGGCUGUACUUGUUCGUAAAGAAAAGAAAGUUAAUAAAACUGAAACAAAAAUUCUUUCAGCAAAAUGGCGGUUUUCUGUUAAUGCAACAAAUACAUUCAAAUGAAGGUGGUGGAGAUACAUCAAAGAUUUUUACCGCAAAAGAGCUAAAAUUAGCAACCAACAACUAUGAUAAGAAUUUGAUCCUCGGACGAGGAGGCUUUGGGACCGUUUACAAGGGAACCUUACCGGGUGACCGUAUAGUCGCCAUUAAGAAGUCCGAAAAGGUUGAUCCAACUCAAGUAGAGGAAUUCAUCAAUGAGGUUGUUCUUUUAGCUCAGAUUAAUCAUCGAAACGUGAUGAAGCUCUUGGGGUGUUGUUUAGAAACUGAAGUUCCCUUGCUUGUUUAUGAGUACAUUUGCAAUGGUACCCUUUUCCAACACAUCCAUUCCAACAAUGGGGUGUCUUCAAUUUCUUUCCAUAGCCGUUUGAGGAUUGCCGCCGAAACUGCAAGUGCACUUGCAUAUUUACACUCAGCAGCAGCUAUACCUAUCAUUCAUAGAGAUAUCAAGUCUGCCAACAUACUUUUAGAUAAAAAUUACACCGCAAAAGUUGCAGACUUUGGAGCAUCAAGGUUGAUUCCGUUGGAGCAAACAGAAUUAUCCACAAAAGUACUGGGGACAAGAGGAUAUCUGGAUCCAGAAUACCACUACACAGGCCAAUUGACUGACAAGAGUGAUUUUUAUAGCUUCGGUGCACUUAUUGUAGAGCUCUUGACCGCAAAAAAGCCAUUUUCUUCAAACAGACCUGAAGAACAAAUAAAUCUUGCUCAGUAUUUCGUUUCGUUGAUGGGAGAAAACCGUCUGUUGGAACUUCUAGACACUCGAGUAGUUAACGAGGGGACACAAAAAGAAAUCACUGCAGUUGCUGAGCUUGCUAAGAGAUGCCUUAACUUGACGGGUGAAGAAAGGCCAACAAUGAGGAAAGUAGCAGACGUGCUAGAAAGUUUUAGAAAGGUGGAUGCACGUGCUUGGGUUCGUCAACCAAACAGUGUAACAUUUGCAAAAUUACCAUCUGAGCCCAAAGACCUCUAUCUUGUACCACUGAUCUCUUCCACUGCUGUUGAUUCUGAACAAUAUAGUUCAGGUACAGAACAACAGUUUCAAUGAACAACCCCAGAUGAUAUAUGUAAUUCUUGUCUUUGUUACAGUUUGUGCAAUAACAUAUGUUGUACUCCAAUGAG